CCCAACCUUGAAGCGUUUUUUUACGGAUCUGGCAACUGUCGUGACGUCAAUCUCCUGCGCGCGACUCUAAAAUCAUGGCGGACGAAGUUGAACAGCCCCCGACCACCAACACAGUCGAGGAGCCCCUCGACCUGAUCAGACUCAGUCUGGACGAGCGGAUCUACGUCAAGAUGAGGAACGACCGGGAGCUCCGCGGCCGGCUGCAUGCGUACGAUCAGCACCUCAACAUGAUCCUGGGUGAUGUGGAGGAAACGGUGACCACAGUGGAAAUCGACGAGGAGACCUACGAAGAACUUUACAAGUCCACCAAGAGGAACAUCCCCAUGCUCUUCGUACGGGGGGACGGCGUUGUCCUGGUGGCCCCGCCUCUCCGAGUGGGCUAACCCCGCCCGCCGGGGAGCAGCUGGGAGGGAAACGCAACGCCCCCCUAAAGCUGAACACCUGAGUCUAAAUCAGCCGCACAACCCCUUGCUUCUUUAUUGAGUCUGACGGUGGUAAAAAAUUAUGUUUGGCAAUAAAAGGAGCCACAGCUUGGAAUCAGAGAACUUUCCUCUGGCCAGAACUGUGGUGAAAUCAGGCCACGGUGGAUAUUUGAUUUAAUUUCACUCAGAAAAGCUGUUAAAGAGGCUCAGUUUCAGUUCAGUUGCUGUUUUUGCUCCUGACUCUCCCAGACUAAAUGUCCCGUUGUAGUUUCCUGCUGUAGUAGAGAAACCGAGUAAAUGUAGGGGGGGUUCCUCAUUUGAAAGGUUUUCAAAGUGUUCAUUUUUUUAAAAUAUCUUGUUUAAGCAGUUUUGAUUAAUUUCAGUCCUUUUUAUAUAUAUUUGUUGUCUUUUGUGGGACUAAAUCAAGCAUUCUUUUGUAAAAAAAAAAAUGGCAGAAUAAAAAUGAUGACACAUUUAUGUGGUGUUUAUUGAGUGUUGCCAGGAAAAACACAGUUUACUGAUGAGAACUGAGGACAAAGAGGCUGAAAUGUUGAAACUUAUUGUUUCCACACAUCAAACCAGCUCUCUCCUGGAUGUUUUAACCAAUUAUAUUCUAUUUUCUUUCAAAUGUUCAUAUUCUGGAUUUUACAAAAAAAACUAGUAAAACCUCUAAUCGACUACCUUAAAACAGCAGAAAAGGGUUUGUCUCCAGCUUAAAUGGAAAGUCAACUGAAUUAAAAAAACAGUUUUAAUUGUACCAA